CCAACUAGAUACACAGUCAUUUCCUGGAUCUUAUUUUUUUUUCUUCAGUAGGCGAGCACUACUGCGGUCCUGUGGCAACACUGCGCACGUUGCCAUGUGCAUGUCCUAUCCCCUUUUCUGCGUUUCUGACCUGUGCGCUUCACUUCUGUCAACUCUCCCGUCGCACUAAAACAGGAUGGGGAACACAUGAAGUUGUUGUCCGCUCUAAUAGGAAACCGUGAUUUUAAAGCAUUUGCUGCUUCUAUCAUGGAUGGGUCUACGAACAGCCUUGAUGACGUUUCGGGGGGCAGCAGUGCGGAGUUCCCGUGUGACCGCGCCGCGUCCCCAAUGGAGGUGCGUCUGCAGGCGCAGGAGGACGAGAUCACGCUCCUCAAGUCCUCAUUGGCCGACGCCCUGCGCAGGCUCCGCCUACACGACCAGCAGAUGCUGCUGCUCAAGCAGCACCUCAUCGCAGUGAACCCAGGUGCGGCGCGCUCCCUGAGCCAGCUGUGCUGUGCUGACGGCCUCUCCAGGCCCUGCCGACACUCCAGCAGCUCACAGGACGGACUCAGCCCACUCACAAACAGCACAGGGGAAGAGAACGGUCACAGCCACGGCCACCACGGCCCUUCAGCUGCUAACCUCCCCAAGCAGAGGCCCACCCCCCCUGCGUGCCAGGACCGGGCCACCCAGACGGAGCUCACCCUGCAGGGCAUGGGCCAGGGCCCGGGCCAGGAGAGGGUGCCCCUGGCUCUCACCCGGGCCGUGCAGAGCCUCUCCCUGGAGGACGCCCUGCUGGAGGGAGGGGGGCUGUCGGUGGCGCAGGAGACCCUGUCCACCCUGGAGGAGGGCGAGCUGGAGGAGGAGGAGGAGGAUGAGGAUGACGAGCAAGAUGGUGGGAGGAUGAAGGACUCGACCUGGGCUCCGGGGGUGGAGGACGCCAUACAGCCCACCAGGCUGGUCCGGUCGGGUCGGGGGGUCGGGGCGGAGGCUCAGGACCACAAUGGCGGGUCGUCGGAGGACCAGGGAGGGUCAUCCCCCUCGUCGGCGCCACACACCCCCAGUUCGGGGUCACCCGCGCCCCCCAAGGAGCAGUGCCACAGCCCCUUGCCCCCGAUCAUGGAGGAUGGGAAGAAGACACUGGUGCGGCGCAACAGCGAGCGGCAGAUGAGGGAGACGCCGGACAGGACGAAGCAGAGGCUGGGCAAGAAAGCGGCGUCCUCCGCUAACCUGCUCGCACGCUCCCCCAGUCUGGAGAGCCGGACCAAAGACCUCAUCUCCACUCCAGGGUCCCAGGGCUCCAGCCGAGGCCGCACCACGCAAGGCCAGUCGAUUAAGAUGUUCCUGCGUGGCCGACCCAUCACCAUGUACAUCCCCUCCAACAUCCAGAACUACGAGGACCUCAAGAUGGACCUGCCCCCAGAGAAGCUGGAGCUAGACUGGGUCUAUGGUUACCGGGGUCGUGACUGCCGGGCGAACCUGUACCUGUUGCCGUCGGGGGAGGCCGUCUACUUCAUCGCCUGCGUAGUCGUGCUGUACCACCUCAGCCAGCGCACCCAGCGCCACUACCGCAAACACACAGACUGCGUACGCUGUCUCGCCAUCCACCCGGAUAAGAUUCGUGUGGCGUCUGGGCAGACAGCAGGCGUGGACAAAGACGGCAAGCCUCUGCAGCCGUUUGUGAACAUCUGGGACUCGACGACGCUGACGACUCUGCAGACCAUUGGCCUGGGCACCUUGGAGAGGGGAGUCAGCUCCGUCGCAUUCUCACAGUCUGAUUCGGGAGCGUCUCUGUGUGUGGUGGAUGAGUCUAAUGAGCACAUGCUGUCUGUGUGGGACUGGGCCAAAGGGGUCAAACACGCUGAAGUCAAGAGUACCAAUGAGGCAGUGUUGGCGGUGGAGUUCAACCCCAGUGACAGCAACAACAUCAUCACCUCUGGCAAGUCACACGUCCACUUCUGGAUGCUCAGCAGCGGCGCAUUCACCAAGAAACAAGGCAUCUUUGGGAAAUAUAAGAAGCCCAAGUUCAUCCUGUGCUUCGUGUUCAGCCUGACGGGAGACGUGCUGACGGGGGACUCAGAGGGCAACAUCCUCACCUGGGGCAAGUCCCGAGCAGACACCAAAACCCUGGGCAAGGGAGCCAAAGAGACGUUCCAGAUCAUGCGUCAGACGAGGGCCCACGAGGGGAGUGUGUUUACCCUCUACGUCCUGCAGGGCGGCGCCCUCCUGAGCGGCGGAGGCAAAGACCGCAAGAUCAUCCGCUGGAGUGCCGACCUGGCCCCCGAGAGGGAGUGCGAGAUCCCAGAGCAGUAUGGAGCCGUGCGUACCAUUGCAGAUGUGGACGGGGAGGAGCUGCUGGUGGGAACCACCCGGAACGCCAUCCUCAGAGGAACCUUCUCAGACGGCUUCACGGCCAUCGUACAGGGCCAUGUGGAUGAGAUGUGGGGUCUGGCUACUCACCCCUCCCAGAACAUCUUCCUGACCUGUGGCAACGACAAGCAGCUGUGCCUCUGGAGCGCAGAAGAGCACAGCCUCGACUGGUCCACCACGCUAGAGGAGUCGGGGCUGUGUGCAGACUUCUGUCCCAGCGGAACGGUGGUGUCGGUGGGCCUGAACACGGGCAGGUGGUUGGUUCUGGACCUGCGGACGAGGGAGGUGGUGUCGGACCUAACGGAUGGCAACGAGCAACACUCAGUCAUGAGAUACUCUCCAGAUGGCAGCUACCUGGCCGUGGGUUCCCAUGACAACUUCAUCUACAUCUACAGCGUGUCGGAAAGUGGCAGACGCUACACUCGCUUCGGGAAGUGCACGGGUCAUUCCAGCUUCAUCACCCACCUAGACUGGUCCAAAGAUGGGAAAUACAUCAUGUCUAACUCUGGCGACUAUGAGAUCCUGUAUUGGGAUGUGGCAGGGGGCUGUAAGCUGCUGAGGAAUCGCUACGAGAGUAAAGAUCGCGAGUGGGCCUCCUACACCUGUGUGCUGGGCUUCCAUGUCAUGGGUGUGUGGCUGGAGGGUUCUGAUGGGACGGACAUCAACGCGCUGUGCCGCUCCCACAACGAGAGGCUGGUGGCCAUGGCUGACGACUUCUGCAAAGUGCACCUCUUCCAGUACCCCUGCCCCAAACCCAAGGCUCCCAGUCAUAAGUAUGAGGGCCACGGCAGCCACGUGACCAACGUGUGCUUCACCAGCAGUGACAGCCACCUGCUGUCCCUGGGGGGCAAGGACACCUGCAUCCUCCAGUGGAGGGUGACGGGCGGGCCCGGGCCCGGCCCCAGCGGGGGGCAUAGAGAGCAGCGCCAGGCACAGCAGACACCACCCCCCGCCUUCGCUGCCUCUGCCCCAGUCUCAGCCUCCGCCUCAGCCUCCUCCACCUCCACCAACUCGCCGGAGCCCGGGAUGUGAAUUGAGAUUUGUCAACAUGGCAGUUCGGGGGUGUCUGGAGGAAUUGUAGAGAGAGAAAGUAGAGUGGGGAGUUGCAGAGAAAGGAGACAUACAGAGGGAGGGAUGGAGAGAGAGAGAGAGAGUGAGAUACAGAGGAAGAGAACGAGAGAACGACAUACAGAGGAAGGGAGGGAGAAAGAGCGGUGGACAUCGAGAGCACUCCAUUGCAAUCUGUGUUUACAGACAGGCAAAAGCGUAGAUGGAAAGGAAGGUCAUGGGUCAAAGAAAAGAAUUUACAGACUGUACAGAUCCUGUCGUCUUACAGGAAAGUCUACAUAGGACUAAAUAAUGGUUAAAAAGCAACAGUACUAUGAAACAACAGCAACUAUGAUAUUGUCAUUGAUUAUUUUUUUAAUCUUUGUUGUAAACUUUGUCAGUUGUCAAGUUGUACACCUGUUAAAUCAUAUCAGUGUCUGCGGUGCCUUUUCCUGACUUUUUUGGGCUUAGUCAGACAUUUGAACAGCCAAAUCAGUACGCCAAAUGUCAUCAUAACAUUGAAAUGCACAUCUCUUGUGGAAUGCAGGCCGAAUAUUGACUUUCUUUAGUGGCACGCAGAGGCGGAGCUUAUGAUUGUCUGUAGGGCUCUAAUUUGACUUUUUUUCAUCACCAGCCAAAAUGGCUUCUAAAUGUUAAUCUUACUAACACACACACACACACACACACACACACACACACACACACACACACACACACACACACACACACACACACACACACACACACACACACACACACACACACACACACACACACACACACACACACUAAUGGGUCAAAGUGGCUAGUAAAUUGGUGUUUUAUACAAGUACCAGCCAAACCAGCUUUUGGUCGGUUGGCUGGUGUUAAUUUAGAGCCCUGUUUUUCUGUUUCUCGACCUGUAGUGACCCUCCCCCCAUGUAUGUCUGUGUGUUUAUCCCAACAUCAUGUCUUUAAACUUCAGCAACAUAGAUUUGCCUUGAAUACCGCGUGUGCCUUUUAACGGUUAAAUACAGCUUGCCCUGAUCAAAUGCAUACACAUUUUAAAUCAUUAUAAACUAGGUGUAUAUUUAUCGUUUAUCGUCUCAUUUCUAAAAGUGUAAUAUAAUUUACAGACAUCAUGUUGUUGUUUUUCUCCACACCUGUUGUCAAAUUGACAUCCAUCCUGAUCCAGGCAUGUCUGACAAUAUGAAUUAUACACAAUGCUCUUGUUUUUUGUUUGUUUUGUUUGGUUUUGUUGUUUUUGUAUUCAUUUUCAGUGGCUGUGUUCACUUUCAGUGACUGUUGCUGGUCUCAUAGCACUCAUAGACUUAAGACCAGGGCUGUCAAACUCAUUUAGGUUUAGGGGCCACAUGCAGUCAAUUUGAUCUCAAGGGGAGCAGGCCUGUUUCUCGACUGUGUUGUUGCUAACUAGUUAGCAACUUAGUAAGUUGCCUAUGGGAAAUUGCAUUGCAACUAAGUAAGUUGCUAACUUAGUUAGCAACGACACUGUCAAGAAACGGGGUCCAGUAGUAUAUUGUAAUUGCAAAAUAUCGUGAAUUUCUGCUUCAUUUCCGAAUCGCAUUGCUAGUCAAUCACCUGGAGGUGGAUGUCAGCGGGUAGAUCAGGAACAUUGGUCUUAUUCUCAUAUUGAAAACCUGAAAGCUCAGACACCUGCAGCACCUUUGUAAUGGGCUAGAGAUGUACUUCUUUUUUAUUCUUUAUUCUUCACUGUCUACAAGUCUAAACCAUCUGGCAGGGCGCAUCCGGCACCCGGGCCUUAGGCUAUGUUUCUCACCCCUGCUGUAGACUGUAGUUUCACAAUAUAUAGUGAGGAAUCAAACUGAUGUCUGGAAAAUAUAUUACACUUUUGAAAAUUACAUGAUUUUUUUGAUAAACACAUACAUAACAAUGAUUUAAAUUAGGUGUGUAUUUUAUUGGGACACCCUGUAGAAUGCAAUUAAGUCCAAUAUUUCUGCUUUCAAUUGUGAUUUAAUGUCAUUGCUGUACAGCAUUCCAAAGUUAUUAACAUACAGUAUGUACCUUUGUUGAACUAUCCUUGGCUUACAUGUCAAUGUGUUUUCCCCUUCAUGCUUAAAAAAAAUCACUAAUGUGGUCGUGUUAAAAGUUAGUUUUAUGCUCAAAUAAGUUUUUAAUUUUUUGUCCAUACUGGAUCGUUCUAACCUCUGUGACACAAAAUGUCAAGCUUUACUUUUUUUGAAAAAGAGCCUGGUUUGAUUAAAUGCAGUACAGACGAUGAUAUUUCAUUUCAGAGUCAAAAUGGUCUAUAUACUGAGGUUGAGUAAUUCAGAUUAUUGUUUGACCUACCUUGUAAGGACUUACAUGUGAAAAAAAAAGUUUAUGAAAAUUGGAUUUGCUUCAUUUUUAUUCAUGCUUUAUGAUAAAAAAGAAUGAAAC